AUGGUCAACUUCAAGAACUUUGCUGCCUCCUUGGCCGCCUCCUGCAUUAUUGGAGGCGCCAUUGCCCACCCCGGGGAGAUCCAGUCUGCCAAGCAGGUCAAGCGUGAGAUCGAGAAGUACGCUCGAGCUCAACAGAAGGCUGUUCGCUCUAUGGCCAACCUCGCGGACUCGCCCCAAGCCGUGGCUCUAAAAGCUCGGGCUGCUGAGCGUCGCAUUGCUACCGUCGCAGCCCUCCGUGCCAAGCGAGGCAUCACCAGCAAACCCAUGUUCGGCAAGCGAUCCUCCACUGACCUGAACAAGUACUUGUCCGAGUCCCACGAUGCCUCCGACCUUGGUUACACCCUUGACACUCCUCUCGACGUUAUUUUUGGCUCCAAUGCUACUUCUGGUCUUGCUCCUGAGGUCACCAUCGGACCUUACUUCGUCUCUGGUGAAUUUAUCCGCGAAGAUGUCACAGACGGCUAUGCCGGUGUCCCAGUCCACUUGGAUCUUCAAUUCGUUGACAUCAACACGUUCUAUCCUGUCUCGGAUGCGCUGGUCGAUAUCUGGCACUGCAAUGCUGUUGGAGUCUACUCCGGCGUCUCUUCCGGUGGCCAGGGUGGUUUGAAUUCCACCUUCCUGCGUGGUGUUCAGCAGACCGACAGCGAUGGUGUCGUCGAGUUCGACACGGUCUUUCCCGGUCACUACCAGGGUCGUGCUCACCACAUCCACUUGCUCGUUAGCGAGAACUCGACCAUCCUCCCCAACGAGACCUACGUUGUUGGCAAGACUGACCACAUUGGCCAGAUCUUCUUCAACCAGGAACUGAUCACUGAGGUUGAGAAGACCGACCCUUACAACACGAACACCCAGCAGCUCACUCUCACUGCCAACGAUGGUAUUGCUGGUGGCCAGGCCACUGCUGAGCAUGAUCCUCUCGUUGACUACGUGAUACUCGGUGACGACCUUACUGAUGGUCUCUUGGCUUUCAUCACUAUUGGUGUUGACACCACUGCUGACUACUCGGAUAACUACACUCCUGCCGCUCACUACCAGGAAGGUGGAGGUAUCGAUACCGGCAACGGAGGUGGCGGCCCGGGUGGCCCUGGUGGCCCGGGCGGCCCAGGAGGUCCUGGAUUCCCAACUGGCAAGCCUAGUGGACCGGGGUUCCCAUUCCCCACCGGCUCUCCCGUCGCCCGUCACUAG